AUGACUUGGUCCGAUCUCCCGGUAGAUCUCCUUCAUUGCAUCUCAUCAUAUUUGCAUAUCGUCGACUUCCUCUGUUUUUCUGGUGUUUGCACCUCGUGGAAUUCAGCUUUUUCUAACAAUGCACUCCUAGGCAUUCAUUGUCGUCCUUCCCCGUGGCUGCUUCUUCCCAGUGAUGUUGGAGAGGCAUCUGACACACUCACCUUUCACGAUCUUACCAUUCAAGAAGACGAAGAAGAUGGCGUCAACAUCCACUAUCGCUUCUCCUCCCUCACGGACUACAUCUUUGGCCGCCGUUGCAUUGGCUCCAAGGAUGGAUGGCUUGUGACACUCGACAAAGUGGAUAUGCAACCUCGCAUAUUCAACCCUCUCACAAAGGCUGAAAUAUCUCUCCCAUCCCUAUUCACCAUCCCAGAAGAUAAAGAGCAUAGGAUUAAGCUCGAUGAAUCUUCUGAGUUUUUUUAUAAUGAAAUACAUCCAAACUACGCCACAGAUGUGGAAAUUUUCCGCGAUGUAUAUUUUCGGAAGAUUGUCAUGUCCUCUAAUGAUCAAUUUGGAACUGUUGUUGUUAUUUACGGCUAUAUUAAAUUGUUGGCUUUGCUCAGGCCCAAUGACAAGGCAUGGGUUCUCGGCCCUUCUGACCAAAACGAUAAGUGGGUGAACUUUGAAGACGUUUACUAUCAUGAAGAAGAGCAUAGGUUUUAUGCAAUCACACAUUUCUCGGCAGUGCUAGCCUUUGACCUCAGCGGACAAAAUGUUGAAUUCAUUUGUCCACCAAAAUAUGACGAAGAUGCCGCAUACUCUGAGAUCAUGAACUAUAUUGCAUUUUUGUUUGGAAAUCUCAUAAAAAUUGAGAGACAGGUCGAUUAUGUUAAGCUUAACAAGAUCAAAGGUGAUGAAAGUAUAACAGUGAAGACAAUUAGGAUAUCAAUUUUCAAGUUAUUGCCGGAUGCUGUUGCUUGGAUCCCCAUCAAGGACUUGGGAGAUUUCUCUUUGUUUAUAGGUUGUAACCAGACAUUCUCGUUGCAUCACACGGUUGCUCCUGGAAUUAGACGAAACUGUGUAUACUUCACCGACCAUGUGGAGAAUAUGUCACCAGAUGAAGUUACUCGUGAUGCUGGAUAUUUUGAUCUUCACAAUGAAUCCUUUCACUAUUUUUUAGAUUCAGAUUCACAGCCAAAUUGGCCCCCUUCAAUCUGGCUUAUGCCAUCAUUUUCAUAA